UUGUUUAGAAGUCAGAUCGCCCUCGGCUUGGGCGUACCGCAAUGGGCCAAGCCUCUUCUACCACGACUUAGUGAAGCAUCGCGAUUAGCGUAUAGGUUGUAUUAUAAGACUGAUGAAAUGAAAAGGAUUGGUGGAGGUGUUAUGUUAAACGAUUUCAUCUCAACUGCAAACGAGAUUAUAGCUGGCAAGACCGUCACGAAGAGGUUCCGUUUAUUCUCGGCCCACGACUUCAACAUUGGUGCCCUGAUGGACGUUACGAAAGUCGUGAAGAGCGAGCAAAUCGUCCCCGAGUAUGGAUCUUUAUUUGCUAUUGAGCUGUACAAAUCCAAGAGCAAUGGAGAAUUCACUGUUUUGCCGGUGUAUCUGCCAAAAGCUGGUGAGUCGGACGCCCAGUACCUGCACUUCACAGGCUGCGAAAACAACAAUUACUGUAAUUACAAACAUUUCGCCGAUCUCACCAAGGAGUACCUUCUACCAGAGAAGGAGUUUUACAAAAUCUGCAACAUCAAGACGGAACUGUAG